UUCAUGAUUCGUAAACUUUGCUUAAAUAAUGUUAGUUGCAGUUUCUUAUCUCUUGUAAUGGUUAUUACUCGUAUAUUGCUGCAUUAUAUCGUUCAAUAACGUUAUCAAUCGUUAUCAUUAUCAAUCAACAACACAUUAACAAAUUGUAAAACAGGAAAAAUGAUUAAUACAGGGAAAUUGGCUGGCCGCACUAUUUUUAUUACAGGAGCUUCAAGAGGUAUCGGCAAAAGUAUCGCGCUAAAAGCGGCAAAAGAUGGUGCGAAUAUCGUUAUUGCUGCAAAAACUGCACAAGCACAUCCCAAGUUACCUGGUACUAUUUAUACAGCAGCUAAUGAAAUUGAAGCAGCCGGUGGUAAAGCUCUACCUUGCAUUGUCGAUGUACGUGAUGAAGCACAAGUAAUUAAUGCAGUGGAAAAUGCUGUCGCAAAAUUUGGCGGUAUUGAUGUCGUUGUGAAUAAUGCUAGCGCUAUUUCUUUAACAGACACAGUUUCAACUGAUAUGAAAAGAUACGAUUUGAUGAAUAAUAUUAACGCUAGAGGAACAUUUCUCGUAUCGAAAAUUUGUAUUCCUUAUCUGAAGAAAAGUGCAAAUCCACACAUAAUUAACAUAAGCCCGCCGUUAAAUAUGAAACCAAUUUGGUUUAAAAAUCACGUUGCAUACACAAUUGCCAAGUACGGAAUGUCUAUGUGUGUUCUUGGUAUGGCGGAAGAACUUAAACUUGAUAACAUUGCGGUUAAUGCUGUUUGGCCAAAGACGGGGUGACCAUUAAAAAGAUGUCUAAAGCAAAUUGCUAUUAUUUUGCAAUGAAUGGACAGAAUGAACUGAAUUAAACGUUAUUUUGUAGAAGAAA